AGUUUAUUAUUAAGGCAAUCAGUUAGUCAAUCAGUCAUUCAUACACAACACACACGUAAGCAAGACAAGUAAACAUAUACAUACAUACAUAUAUAUAUAUAUAUAUUUACAUAUAUACAUACAAAUCCAUAUACAACAAUGUCAGACAGUGAUGCAGAUUUAGGAAGCUUGGCCGGCGAGUACGAGGAGUUCGAGGACCACUUUGCAAUGGCCGUUGCUCAUGUGACACGCAAAACGCAAGUGUUUUCUUCAACCGAUUUGUUGCAGUUCUAUGCCUUUUACAAACAGGCUUUGGAGGGUCCUUGUCGGGCCCCCCGUCCACCACUGUUACAGAUGAGGGCCCGCAGUAAAUGGGGAGCUUGGCAUGAAUUGGGUGACAUGACCAAUGAGGAGGCGCAACGUGCCUAUGUCGAUAAAUUGCAAAAGCUGCAGCCCAAUUGGAGGGCCGAGUUUAACGGCGGCAGCAGCGGCAACAACAACAGCAACAAAAUCAAGGGAAUCGGUGGUGAGCUUGGUCUUGGCAGCUGGGUGGUGCAUUCCAUUGAGUCGAAGCCCUUAGAGGAUCAGAAGGCGGAUCACGAAAAGACCGCUUUCGAUCAUGUCAAGGAUAACAAUUUGGUGCGUCUACAGGAGGUACUGCAGCCGUCAGAUCUGGUAGCACUCGAUGAGCAAGGCAUGGGUCUAAUCCAUUGGGCCACCGAUCGCAAUGCCAUUUCCAUCAUUGAGUAUUUGGUGGCGCGAGGCGUCAGUGUCAAUCAACGGGAUGCCGAGCAGCAGACACCAUUACAUUAUGCAGCCAGUUGUGGGCAUGUAGAGGCUGUACGUUUGUUGCUCUCCCUGGAAGCGGACAUGGAAUUGCGUGAUGUCGAUGAGCAGACGUGCAUCGAUGUUGCUGAUGAUGAGGAAAUACGCAGAAUGCUGCAGGGGGAGCGCCAGCAGCAACAGGCCACCAACAAGCUCCGUUCUACUUAGUGUACGAUAUACUCUUUACAGUUACUCUUUGGUUUAUCUAAAUCUUUCGUUUAAUACUUGCAUACUAUGUGCUUUUGUUUGGUGUAAAUUAAAAUGUCUUAUUCGACAAA